AUGCGUUGCGCCCCCCAUGUGUUUCUGGCAUCUCUCACUCCUGCCUGUCUGCUCCCUCCCCUCUCGGACCUCUCCCCAUGCCUCCCCAUGUCUCCCCCCACAACCCCCACCUUCUCCCAUCACACACCAUCCCUAACCAUCCCCAACCACCCCCAAUCACUCCCAACCAUUCCUGCUCGCCUCCCAUGUGUGCAGGAGCAGCAGUGGGUGUGGCAGCACGCUCCUGUGUUGACCAUGCGCCAUACCAACCAUCCCAUACCAACCCCAACCGCUCCUAACCACUACCAACCAUCUCCAACCACCCCCACCCUCUCCUGCUCGCCUCUCGUGUGUGCAGGAGCAGCUGAGCAGCAGUGGGUGUGGCAGCACGCUCCUGUGUUGGCAGAGCAGCAGGAGACGGAGAGAGAGGUGAACAGCAGGAGGGAGGGCGGGGAGGCAACAGGGGAGACAGAAAGAGGUGCAGCAGUGGAAGCAGCAGCGGCGGCAGAGGCAACAGCAAGGAGAGGAGGAGGCAGAAGAGGGGAGGAGGGGAAGGUGGGGGACAGUGGGGAGGAGGAGGCAGGGGAGAUAGAGAGGGCUCUUGGCAUUAUGCAUGGCGUUCCAUUCACUGAGAAGAGAAGUACUUUCCAGGCCCACCUGGCGCCUGUCCACUCGCCUGCUGACGUGGCAGCAGUCAUGGACGUCCUUCUGGCCAAUCGCAAGAUAGCAGGCGCCACGCACAACAUCAUGGCCUAUCGUAUCGUGACAGCUGGCGCAAACGGCAGCACUCAUGUCUUUCAAGACAAUGACGACGACGGGGAGGCAGCAGCAGGCGGCAGGUUGAUGCAUCUGCUGCAGAUUGUGGGGGCGGCCAAUGUGUUGAAUGAAAGCCACCUGGUGGGGGAGACAGCAGCAGGGGGCAGUUUGAUGCAUCUGCUGCAGAUUUUGGGGGUGGCUAAUGUGGUGAGUGGAAGUGUGGUGGGGAGUGGUGGUGAGCGGUGGUGA